AUGGAAUUAAGCGAAGUUUGGAGUAAGAUUAAUUCAAUAAUUCAGCAUGAACAGUUCGUUUCCAGUUCUCUUGAUGAAGAGAAAUUGAAUGCUAAGAAAGAAAACGAAAACGUUGCUUCAGAAUUAAAUGGAUUAAUUGCUGCUCUCGAAGAAAACGAUUUCCUUGGGAAAAUAGAACGUGGAGAAUUACUGGAUCCUAUUUACGGUAAAGAAAUUAUUGAAGGCCAAGAUCGUUUAAAUACAUUAGUCAACAGUUCAAAUUAUCUCCUUACAGAACUCUUUAACUCUUACAGAAAUGCCUCUUCUCAACUUAUUCAAAGCCAUGAAAAGGCUCUUGAAAAUUUACUUGAUUAA